GAAGUGCAGCAUUUUAAUAUAUGUGAUUUAAACUCUAACACAGUCUGAAGUUCAAAAACACUGGAAAUUUUAUUUUAAUAUAAAUUUAAAAAAAUGACUCUAUUAUUGGAGUAGGCAAUGGGACAACUAGGUAAAAUUGCCUCUGAGAUAGGAGAUUGCUGCUCCCAGGGGCGGACUGACCAUUUGGAAACUCGGGCACUGCCCGAGGGCCCGGGGUCAGUAGGGGGCCCCAUGAGAUGCCCCUGGUACCUUUUUCAUAGGCUUUUUGAAUUUGGGCAAGGACACAGGGGCCCCAUGAUCCCCUCUUGCCCUGGGGCCCCA